AUGAUUGGGUUGAGUUCACCCCAGUUCUUGGAUCACUUAGAAAGUAAUAGUGGCGUCUAUCUUUACUGUUCUGCUAUCACCGCUCGCUUUCUGCAAGCAUCUAUCCGACACCGCCCUUUGGACCCAUUUGUGAGGCCAUUACCUCCUGAAGAACCUGUCAAGAUAACAGUUCCCAAUGUUGCUGAGGAAGCCAGCCAUCAACUCUGUGUCACUCUUAUACCUGCGGGACACUGCCCAGGAUCAGUCAUGUUCUUGUUUGAGGGAAGAGGAGGAACUGUUUUAUACACGGGGGAUUUCCGUACAAGUGUAGGAGAUGUAGAAAGAAUACGAGCAUUGCACAACUCAGAUGGCACUGUUAAGGCUGUAGAUUCUUUACAUAUAGAUACCACUUUCUGCCACCGUGAUAUCUUGCACUUUCCCUCAAGAGAGGAUAGUUCAUCUGCCAUCUGUGAUCUUGUAGAAGACUGGCUGGCAAGAGGAAAUAACCAUCUCAUACACCUUGUGUGCCCAGCAAAAUAUGGGUACGAAUAUGUAUACCGGAGCCUCCAUGAACGCUUUGGGAUGCGUGUGCACGUCAGUCGGUGGAAGUAUCGCAUGUAUGACACGGUACCAGAAAUUCAGGAUGCACUUACCCCAGAUGCAACUGAAACAUGGAUCCAUGCCUGUGAUUGGAGGAUGAGAGAAAUCGAGGAGGUGAAGACCAGAGUGACCGCCAGCUCCAUGCAGAUGUGUUCCUUUUGGGAGUAG